AUGGAAGGUCCCAUACAUCCAUGUUAUCACAGUGUAUUAGCGCUUCCGAAAAGCCCGGUGCACAGAGUGCUUUUUAGGAUCAAGAGACUAGCCGAUUGUGAACAUUUCCAUUAUCCUGUGGUCGAGCUUGGUCCCAUUGAAAUCUCUUUGAUAUCUAUAGUUAAGAAUCAACAAACGAUUUUUAUUUUUCUGAUUGAAAGCAAUGGAAUUUCUCGAUCGUUAUCCGAAAUGUCAAACUUCGAUCGACAACUGCACCGCUGUGUGUUUGAGAGACGUUUUUCGCGUUUGGAAGAGUUGGAUUUUUUGGAAACUUCGGAUGAGGAUAGUCUAAAGCGAUAUGCUAACAGGCUUUCUCAGCUUACUGGUAGCAUAAUUACUUGCUAUCCCGUGCUGAAAUUUCUGGAAAUCGACUGUCACGGGAGUCAUUUCGCACCAGCUGAGGACACCGCCAUCAAUACGCCUGCUGUUGCAGCUGCAGUCGUCACGAAGAACUUCGUGCCCACCUCGGAGAACCACCUCCGUCUCCGGGUUGGCGACAUUUUGUCAAUAAUUGACAUGAACUGUGGACAACAAAAUGAUGUUACGUAUUGGAAAGCGAAGUUAACAAUCGCUAGGAAAGAUGAUGAUGACAAAACAGAAAACAGAAUGGUUGAAGUUGGUUACUUUCCUUCUGACUGUGUCCGCCUUAUAGACGAUAAGCGGCUUCCGGAACAUCUUUCAUCCCCCAGAAAUCGUCGCAUGUCCAGGUUACUGAAGUAUCGUGUCCGUCUUCGCGACCCUGUAUUUGGAACUCCUCUAGUUGACCACUUAGAAAAAACCGGUAGAAAAGUUCCACUGAUUGUUGAAAAGUGCUGUGAAGCUAUUGAACUUCAAGGUGUAGUGACAGGAAUUUAUAGACAAUGUGGAAUACAAUCAAACAUUCAAAAACUGAGGGCGCAGUUUGAUAAUGGUGGUGAUCCGGACCUUUUUGAGUUUGGACAAAGGGAUAUUUAUUCGGUUUCAUCUUUAUUAAAACAAUAUUUUCGACUGCUUCCAAACCCAUUGUUCACAUUUCAGUCGUAUUCAAAAAUUUUGUCUGCGUUCGAGUGUCCGGAUGAUGGCAAAGCUCUUAAAUUACGAAAGGUGAUCGAGACCAUGCCAGUGUCUCACUUCCGCACGGCAACGUAUCUGAUGCGACAUCUUUCUCGCCUUUGCAGUUAUACUUCGCUUACCGAUAUGACAGCAAAAAAUCUAGCCAUUGUCUGGGCUCCCAACUUAUUUCGAGCUCCUCCCGUAUUUGAUGGAGACGAAUCGCAAGUUCUUUGUGGAUUAGACGUGCACACAUCGCUCUGUAGUUACUUUAUUACUCAUUCGACUACCAUUUUUGUGGACGAAACAUCUGAUACUCCAGUAAAAAGAGGUGUUCGUGAGUUUUUUUUGAUACAAAUAGUGUUGAGUUGUUGUUGUAGUGAUUCUUAUAGUGAUUCGUGGUGGCCAAGUUUUCUACGUGGUAGGACAAUGGAUACGAUCUUCAAAUUCGGACGGAGGUCAGCAUUAAGUGGAUCUACUGGGUCAUGCCGUAUGUCUGAGGCAGGAGAAUGGAAUAGGUCUCGCUCUGUUGAAACGUCACUACAGAGUUCACGAUCAGAUUCGCUGGCGUCUUUCAUGUCUCGUGGUGUUGGCGAACUGCGUGAUGGAAUUCGGUCUUUAAGACAGCGAGCACGAAGCCUACGACCGGGUCGAAGGCCUUCAUCAUCGCCAAGAGUUCGUUUACGUCAACUUACUAGAUCAAUGCAUAAGCUUCCGUUGUUUACUACGUCUAAUCAAAGCGUUUUUAUUUCUAUUUCUGUUCAUUCAACCGAAAAGGUGUUUACAAAAGGUACGAAACCCUUAUGUGAGCGUUCAAGCCCUGUUGAAGAAUGGUCAAGUGAUAGCAGAGAGAGCCCUCUCCUUGAGAUGAGCAGAUACGAUAAUGUUCCUUCUGGUGAGUAG